GUACAGGUUGCUCGAAGAGACACACCUGGGAGACGAAAAGGGUUAAAUUGUUUAUUUCACGUUUCCGACGAAAGGGAACACCUUGGAACAAAAGUGACACGGUAUCGACUGAAAGUAGGUGCCACCUAUGUAUUUUACGCACAGGGAAUCUGAACUACGGAAAAGUAUUGGAGGGUCCAUUUCGAGUGGGUUUUAACUGCAGAUCGCCCUUUGAAGAAGAAGAAGAAAGUUCUAGCAAGAGGUCGGUGAAGUUCUUAGCUACCUUUAGCAUGACCCCUUUACGGAUCGGAUUGUUACUGGGCUCCUCGCUUUUGCUCCAAACAUUGUGCACGGUGCGCGCACAGGCCGAAACCUUCGGGGAGCAAUGUUUGGCGAAAUUUAAAAAGGGGAAAGAAGGCUUUGUUCUGGACACAGACGAGUCAGUGAAAGAGGGGGCCACGUUCACCGCUUCCCCGGCAGUGCAACGUACAAACGACUGCGUGCGCUCUUGUUGCAAAGACCCCAAGUGUAAUUUGGCUUUGAUGGAAGAUGGAGAGGAGGAGGGCUUGAUCAAAGCUUGCUUCCUCUUUAACUGUCUGUACAAGCAAAAAUACGUCUGUAAGUUUGUGAAGAAGAAGGGCUUCAACAACUACAUAUUAAGCACGGUUUUCGAUAAUUACCUGGAGAGACCACACACCAUUCCCGGUGAUGAUGAUGAUAAGCCUCCAAUUGCCAAUGGGGGCCAGGACAGAGUUGUCCAGCCCCAGGAGACAGUGACCUUGAAUGGCAUUGAGAGCCGUGACGACAAGAAGAUCGUCAGUUAUCAGUGGCGCCUGAUAAAGGGCAAUCCAGGGGCUGUCAUUGAGAAAACUCACUUUGAGGAUGAAGUCAUGGUGUCCAAUCUCUCUGCUGGAAUUUACAAGUUUCAGCUGACUGUAACUGACACCAUUGGCCAGUCAGACAGUACAGAGGUCACCGUUCUGGUCCUCACACCAGAGCAGUCUCAGAAUCACUGCAUGGUCCCCAAGAAGGUGGGUCCCUGCCGGGGCUCCUUCCCUCGGUGGCACUACAAUGUGGUGUCUGAGAAGUGCGAGGAGUUCACGUUCGGGGGCUGCGCUGCAAACCUCAACAACUACCUGUCCCUAGAGGAGUGCACCAAAGCCUGCGACGGGGUGUCAGUUAUGCCAGAUAAAAGUGGCAGAAUGGGUCCUCUCCCUCCUCCUGAAGGGGAGGUGUGUGGUUCCCCAUGCGAGCCCACCCAGUUCACCUGUGCCAACGGCUGCUGCCUGGACAAAGGCCUGGAGUGUGACAAGCAGAAGCAGUGCAGUGACGGCUCAGAUGAGGAGUCCUGCGACAACCUUGAUGCAAAAUUCAGGAUCCUGCUGCAGAUCCCUUUGGAAGAACAGAAAGUCCGCUGCACAGAACCUCCCAGAACAGGUCCAUGCCGGGCCAGUAUGACCAACUGGUACUAUGACCCUUUGGAGAGGAGCUGUUACCGUUUUAAUUACGGCGGCUGCGAUGGGAAUGAAAACAGGUUUGAGGACCAAGACACCUGCAUGGCAACCUGCAAAAUGGUAACAGGAGAUGAUCUCUUUGCAAGGGCAGGCUUCGAGUACCUUGAGGAUCAGAAGAGUCAGUCAGGCACCAUAGCAAUCGCUGUGCUGCUGGGUGUGGCUAUCCUGAUCAUGCUGGCAAUCCUGGGCUACUGCUUCCUAAAGGGCAAGAAGGAGCAGCCGAGGCACCAGCGUGUCGCUGUCAACGGCUCGCAGGUUUCCACCAUGGAGGACACCGAACGUUUGGUCUACAACAGCACCACCAAGCCCAUCUGAGCCAGUACUAACCCCAGCCAGGGUUCACUUCAGUGCCCAGUGCAGCUGAGCAAGAAGCAAGACCAUACACAUACACACACACACACACACACACACACACACACACACACACACGCACAUACUCAUGUACACAUUUUAAUAUUUCUGCCUGCUUGUGUCUGUACAUUGGAGCUUUUUAGGGAGGGGGUUGGGGAGACAUUUUAUUUUUAUACAGCCAUAUCCUACGAACAUCAAGGUGAUACUUGGACAUACAAGUGUACAGAGCUUAUCUGUGUUAACUGGACAGCAUGCAGGCAACGGAAAGCCCUCCAAAUAGAAAAAUAUGUUACACCUGCUUUUAAAACACUGCUGAUUUUUGUGCGUGAAGUGUUUGUUUCACGAAAGGCCAUAGUACAAAGAUUUUGUUUUUUAAGUCUGUUCUCAGGGUAAGACUGUCUCAUGGAGAAAACCUACAAGUUCUCAUUUCUGCUGAGUUCACAUGAUUCAUGUAAACAGGUUGAAGGAGGCUGAAUUGAAACAUCUCUGUUUGAACCAGCAACUCCAAAUGUGGCUGCCACUUCAUAGCUAGGUUUUUUUUUAUUGCCUAAUUUUCAUCACAAGGCAUUUUUCAAUAGAUUGUGUCGUUGAAAAUGAUUUGUACAUAAUGGCUUUUUGUCAAGUGCUUAGGAAGAGUAUGAGGAAAUAAGUUUAUUGGGUAACUGCUGUAAAAUAGGCUUUUCUCCUGAGUAUUGGAAAUGCAGAAAGAAAUAUGGGAGUGAAUUUCUUUGUUUGUGAGACUUUUAUUUUUAUACAGAUAAAAAUAAAUAUCUCAUUCUAGCUCACAGACUGCCAGCAUUGUCUACACACAAGUUGUAUAUAUUUUUUUCUUUGUUUUAAAAAUGCUAUUUGAAAAUAUUAAACCAGACAGUUUAAUUUUAAUAAAAAGGAUCUGAGUGUCUAUAAAAAGGUUUGUGUUUGUACAGAUGUUUCCAGGAAAGGUUGCCUUUUUCUGCAUUCCAGGGCAAUUUUGAGCCAAAUUAUUCAUGCUACAUGUACAUGUAAUUAUGUCAUUUUGAAUUUGUGUGAAAAAAGGGGAUUCUGAUUGUCACUAUUCAUGUUCCGUAUCAUAACCAUAACGGAGACAAAAUCAUUGAUAGGGAACCGAUAUCAUUUUGUACCUUUUUUUUUUUUU